AUGACUGCUUACGAAUUUAAAUGUAAGGAUGUCACUAUUUUUACAACACCUACAGCACAGCAGCUUUCCUACAGGGCCCGCGAGAUCUUCAGCAAGUUCCUGUGCAGCAAAGCCACCACUCCCGUCAACAUCGACAGCCAGGCCCAGCUGGCUGAUGACAUUCUCAGUGCUCUGCACCCCGACAUGUUCAAGGAGCAGCAGCUCCAGAUCUUCAAUCUGAUGAAGUUCGACAGCUACACCCGCUUUCUCAAGUCCCAGCUGUACCAGGAGUGCAUCCUGGCUGAGGUGGAAGGCUGCUCGCUCCCCGAUGCGCUGCAGGUCCCCAGCAGCCCAGCCUCCAAGCACAGCGUCAGCUCGGAUCACUACAGCGUGUCCACACCAAAAAAGCUGAGCGGGAAAUCGAAAUCAGGAAGGUCCCUGAAUGAGGAGCUGGGGGAUGAGGAGAGCGAGAAGAAGAGGAAAGGAGCGUUCUUCUCUUGGUCAAGGACCAGGAGCACCGGGCAGUCCCAGAAGAAGAAGGAGCACGGUGACCACACAAACGAACCCCUGCAUGCCAAUGGAGGCCUGGGCCGCCACGAGUCACAGGGCUCUGUGUCCUCCACAGGGAGCUUGGACCUGCCGGAGGCCUGCAGGACCUCGGUGCCAGAGCGGGACAAGGCUGCCAAACCCUGCUGCAUCCAGCUCCCCGAUGGGACGUCUUGCGUGGUGGUUGUCAAGCCAGGGCUGUCCAUCAAAGAUGUCCUGGCUGGACUCUGCGAACGACAUGGCAUCCACGGGGCUGCCGUCGACCUCUUCCUGGAGGGCGGGGACAAGCCUCUGGUGCUGCAUCAAGACAGUAGCAUCUUGGACUCUCGGGACCUGCGGUUAGAGAAGCAUACUUUGUUUCGGCUGGAUCUGGUCCCAGGCUGGUCCGUGGGACUCAAGGCCAAGCCCACCAAGCCCGUCACACAAGUGCUACGGCCCGUGGUGGCCAAAUAUGGCCUGCACCUGAAUGAGCUGGUGGCCAGGCUG